GAAGAAGAUGUCAAUCUGUUGAACAUUGACAAGAUAUAUGACUGUAUAUAUCAGCGGAAUACAACAGUUGGUUCGAAUAUGUCUUAGAGUGGGAGAGAGAAAUGUCGACUUCACCUGAACUUCCUAUACAUCUGGUAUAUUAUGAGGAUCUAAAGGAGAAAACUCUUCAAGAAGUAUGUCGUCUUGGAAAAUUUCUUGGAAUAGAAAACAAAGACGGUCUCUUCGAAGCCAUCAGUGAAAAAUGCAAAUUUGAAAAUAUGGUAAAAGAUAAGCAGCCAUAUUUGUUUCCUGGUGAAGCAUUGGAGGGAUUCACAUUUUAUAGGAAAGGUGACGUUGGAGACUGGAAGAACUGGUUUACAGUAGCACAAAAUGAACAUUUUGAUAAAAUCUAUAAUGAAAUUAUGGAAACAUCAAAACACAAAUUUAGAUACCAGAGAAUACAAAAUUGUGAUAGAAGUAUGUUAUAGAGACAAAUAUGAGAACUUGGGAAGAAAUUAGUAAAUCUUUAAGCAGAUUUGAGCCGCGUCACGACAAAACCAACAUAAUGCGUUUGCGACCAGCAUGGAUCCAGACCAGCCUGCGCACCCGCGCAGUCUGAUCAGGAUCCAUGCUGUUCGCUAUCAGUUUGUC